AUGGUAAAGGAUAUAAAAAAGAGUGGCAUUAGCUUGACCUCAUCUGGUUUAAAAGCUAUUAAUAAAAAACAAAUAUAUUUAAAAAGGAAUGAAAGAAGAAUUUUCAAAAUAUGUACAUAUGCAUUUAUGACGUUUAUUCUGUGUUGUGCAGUAAUUUUAUACUUCACUAUCUUUACGAAUAAUGAGAACAAAAAUAAUUCUACGCAGGAAAAUGGUGGAAUUUUAAACAAUGAAGAAAUAGAUACUCUAAGAGAGAUUUUAAAGAAGUAUAAGGAACAAAAUAAAAAGGAUAUAAAAGACGAUGAAACAGUUAACAUGGAAAAUAAAAAAAAGGGAAAAAAAAAUGAUGAUGAUGAUAAUAAUAAAAAUAACAUGGAAAAAAAUAAAAGCCAAGAUCAUGCUGAACUGAUGGAAAAGUAUAAACGCCUUGUUAAUGAUAAGAGUAAGGAAAAUAGAGAGGAACUAGCCAAAAUGUUACAUGGAUUAUUAAAAAAUAGUUUAGAAGAAAAAAAGAUUCAAGAAAGGAAACAAAAUAGUAAUGAAAAUGAUGAAAAUGUGACACCAAAAAAUGCAUACCAUCAUUUUAGUGAUGAACAUAAUAAUAAUAGGAAUAGUACAAAUAAUAAUGAGAAAAAUGUAGAAGUUAAUGAACAAGUUGAUAGUACAUAUGAUAACCUAAAAUAUGCAUCCCAAUUUAAUUCUUAUAUGAAAGAGUACAAUAAGAAGUACAAAGAUAUAAAUGAACAGAUGGAAAAAUACGAAAAUUUUAAAAGAAAUUAUAUAAGUAUUGAAACAUAUAAUAAAAUGGAAAAUAUUUUAUAUAAAAAGAAGCUAAAUCAGUUCAGUGACUAUUCCAAAAAAGAUUUCGAAAAUUAUUUUAAAAAAUUAUUGCCUAUACCAAAUCAUUUGAAAGAAAAAUACGUAGUCCCAUUUAAGAGCACACGAAAAAAAGAAGAUCAAAACAAUAAAGUAGAAAAGAGUAAAAGCAUUUUUGGCGAUCUACCAGAUAAUCUAGAUUAUAGAGAAAAGGGUAUAGUACAUGAACCGAAAGAUCAAAUGUUAUGUGGAUCAUGUUGGGCCUUUGCUAGUGUAGGUAAUGUUGAAUGUAUUUAUGCAAAAAACAAUAAUAACACAAUUUUAACUUUAAGUGAACAAGAGAUAGUAGAUUGUUCUAAAUUAAAUUUUGGAUGUGAUGGAGGACAUCCUUUUUAUUCUUUUAUUUAUGGAGUUGAAAAUGGAAUAUGUUUAAAUGAAGAUUAUAAAUAUAGGGCAAUCGAUAAUUUGUUUUGUCUAAGUUAUAGAUGCAAAAAUAAAGUAGCUUUAACAUCCGUUGGCGGUGUAAUGGAAAAUGAAUUAAUACGUGCUCUUAACGAAGUGGGACCUGUGUCUGUUAAUGUCGGUGUAACAGAUGAAUUCGCUUUUUAUUUCGAGGGUAUUUUUAAUGGUUCGUGUACAGAGGAAUUGAAUCAUUCCGUUCUCCUAAUUGGAUAUGGACAAGUGGAAAGGGCUAGCGUAUUUGCAAAAGAAAACAGUAACAGUAGUAGUAACAGUUUACAAAAAAAAGGAACAAGUUCUCACAAUUCGGAUGAUGAAAUGUUGUACUACUGGAUUAUAAAAAAUUCAUGGGGUACUAAAUGGGGUGAGAAUGGAUUUAUGAGGAUUAGCAGAAAUAAGGAAGGAGACAAUGUAUUUUGUGGAAUAGGUGUUGAAGUUUUUUAUCCUAUUUUGUAA